AUGCUUUCUCCGUUGAAAAUACCAGGAACAGCUCAGCACUAUCUAGAAUGUCAAUCUGAAGAAUGUAAAAGAAACUGUGAAUUUUAUUGUAACACUUGCCAUUUACAAUUAUGUAAGCAAUGCAGAGACGAACAUCUAAGGGCUCAAGAAAAUAAAAACCACGAUGUUGUCAUUUACCAAGAACGCACACGAAAACCUCCUCUCCAGAAAUGCGAGAUCCAUCCAACCAAAGAUACUGAUAUGUUAUGUGAAGAAUGCCAAGUAUCGCUAUGUUCCAAAUGUGCCACAUCCCAGGAUCACAAAGGUCACAGCUUCACUGACCUUGAGAAAAUUCAUGCUGAAAAUUUAGCACUUUGGCAAGUGGAAAUUGACAAAAUCUGCGAAUAUUUUAUCCCCACGUCACAAAGUUUGCAAAAUGAAGUAAGAGAUGAUGCAAAGGAAAUAAAGAAGAUCAUGAAUAACAUGAGAGAAUCAUUAAUUGUAGAUGCUGAUUCACUUAGGAGCUUUGUGGAUGCAGUUGUUACCAGGAACAUGAAGCAGAUAGACCAGAUCGAAAACUCGUUGUUAAAAGAUAUAGAAACCCAGGAAGAUACAUUCACUAAUUACAUCACUUAUCUCAAUGACCUUGUCAAAGAAUUCAACUGGUACUUAACGAACAGGAAAAAAUUGUCAGAGGUCAUGAAAAUUCAAUCAAUUCCAUGUGUGACAAAACCGGUCACACCGGCAUAUAUUCCCCGGAAAUGCAAUAUAGAAGAUGUUGCAAAAUUACUUGGUGAAAUAAGGUUCCCUGAAACAAAGACAGAAACUAGAAAAAUAAAGCCAAUGAAAAUGGCAUCAAGCACAGAGCAAAGCACAAUAGAAUACCUAAUAAAUAAUGAUAAGUGUAAACAAGCAGACAAGAAACAAACAAUAUCUCCAUCUUCCUCCAUCAUAAAAAUAAGGAAGUUUAAUAUACAUGGUGCUUAUGGUGCACUUCAUCUCUCACUGAAUAAAUCAAAUCGAAUUUGGGUCAAUGAUUGGGAUGGAAACCUUGUUCAAAUAGAUCUACAUGGGAAUCAGCUACAGAAAAUAAAAACAAGUCCAAGAUCUGAGGGCUUCCACACAGUUACAGUGGACGAGGAUCUAAUCUUCACGGACACAGUCAAAAAAGCCAUCAGAAGAAUGACACAGAAUAACAAAAGCACUUCAUUCAUUAAAACAGGAGACUGGAAACCAGUCAGUAUAUACUCCUCCCACAUCAACGGGGAUAUACUGGUGGGAAUGGUAAAAGAUAAAGAGGCUAGAAUUACCAGGUACGACAAGACAGGAAAAGAAAUUCAGAACAUUCAGUGGGAUAGCAAUGCACAGGAACUGUUUAGUUCUCCAUACUUUAUAACAGAAAACCUGAAUGGAGAUAUUUGUACUUCAGACUUCAGUAAGCAGAGGGUUGUGGUUGUGGAUGAAGCAGGAAAGCUUAGAUUUUCUUACAAUGGAAACCAAGAGUCGGUGUUCUUUCCCAAAGGAAUUUGUACGGAUGUCCUCAGCCAUAUCCUAGUGUGUGACUAUUACAGUGAUUCUGUUCACCUCAUUGAUCAGGACGGUCAGUUUUUGUCUUUACUCAUAACGAGACGCGAUGGGAUAAAGUCCCCGUGCAGUUUGUGUGUAGAUGAUGAAAACAACCUUUAUGUGGGAAAACUCACCAAAGGCAUAACAGUGUACAAGUAUCUCCAGUGAUUUUAAUCUAAUUAGUGAUACAAUGAAAUGGUUUAAUUUUUAUUAUGCAAGGUGUUCUUUGAAAUACUUCAUCAACAUUUUAAAUGCAAACGAACAAAUGCUUCUUUACACUUUCUUAAGUGCAAAUGAAGUUU